CCGCACACCACCCACCCCCCUCACAGUGGCAGGCUUCCCGCGGAAGCAGCAUUCAAGAAAAGUGCCCGUGCAGAAGCGCGCCACAUAAUGCGUCAAGACACGAGGCAUAAUCCCUCUGGGCACUGACGACGACGUGGUGUCCGAAUGGCGCAAAGCCGCUCUGACCGAGACACGCCAACCCGGAUGCACGGCAACACCGAGCGCCUCGCGCCCGCACCGGCUCCUGCUGCGGUGGCGAAGGGUCGCACGGGAGGCGACCUGGAGGCCCGUGUUGCCAGAUCCUCGACCCGAAGGUCGGGAGCGGCCAAUCAUCCUCGGCCCGAAGGUCGGGAGCGGCCCGUCGGAUGGGCCCAGGGCACGGGCCGAGGCGGGCCCCGUGCGGGCCCCGCCGGAGGAGGUGGCGGAGCAGGAGGAGGAGGAGACUAUGAGGAGGAGGAGGAGGAGGAGGAGGAGGAGAGGGAGGAGGCCGCGAGAUCCUCGACUCGAAGGUCGGGAGCGGCCGAAGCUGGUCCCGUGCGGGCCCCGCCCCCGCAGACAGCGCCGCUGGGCAGCGGGGGCGCCCUCGAGGGCUCUUUGCGCGCCCGGCCCAAGCCGCUGGGGCCCCGGUGGAGGCAAACACGCGCACGCGGCAAGGGGCCAGGCUCGAGAAAGCACGUGCAAGACGGACCUGCGCCUGCAACCAGCCAGCGCACGGGGCCGGCACUCAGUGGGCCCCGGAAACGGCAGGGCCAGCUCUGAACCGUUCCCAGAAAAAAGGGCCCCUCGAAAACGGAAACGGCAAAAGAACGGCGAUCGGACACGGCAACAAGCACGGCUCCAGGAUUGAAACCGGAGCGGGAACCCGUAAAAGAACGGCGACGGAACCGGCAACCAAACGGCGUCGGAACCGGCAACAAAAAACGGCAAAACGGAACCGGUAUAAAAAACGGCCCUGUCGUUUCCAGGGCCCACUAAGGGCCGGCAGGCAGUGGUCGGGAGAUGCUGGGGGAGACGAGGGCAGAAGAAUAAUCAUAUGCUUGAACCACCCUGGGCGAUCCCCGUCGAGAGAGAGAAAGAGAGGCAGCCACUGGCGCAAGGCAGCGGCCAACGCCUGCCGCUGCAGGGCGCGUGACUGGAGACGGGGGCCCGCUCGGGCGCCGAGGCGAUCUCCCGGACCUGGCGAGCCCUGCUGAGGGCGGGAUGAGGAGGAGGAGGAGGAGGAGGAGGAGGAGGAGGAGGAGGACAGAGUGAGCCCGCACCGCGAGCGUGCAUCGCUGGGCUGCAGCACGCCGAUCGGCGGCGACGACAGGGGCGAAUAGCCCAAAGCGGGCACUACAGGCAUUCGCCGGGGAGCCUGGUGGAAGGCAUAGAUCCUCGGCGCCCCUGGACACAUGCACUGCUCCCCCCUGGGCUGUUCGCCCCGAUCGUCGCCUCCGAGCCAGAGCGUCUGGCACCUGCGAGGGAGCACCGGCGAGCGCGGGGAAGCACGGGGAGAGCUGAGCGGGCCGACGGAUGGCGAUAUCAGCUGGGCGGCCGGGGCUCGCGCGCCCGCGCCGCCCGGCGGACCCGCCCUGCAGGCAGACCGCGGCGGAGCGGGGCAGCGCUGGGGGCUGCUUGUGCUGGCACCCACCUCUGGGCCUGGGGCGGUAUUUGCCGCCGCGGACAGCCGCAGCCUGCGAGGGGCGAUGCGGCCGCGACGGUCAGCGCGGAGUGCCCACCGCACACCGCACCUGCCGCGCCGCAGCGCGGAGGGCCGCGGCGCAGCGCCCUCCGCAGCGCCGCGCCCCAGGGGCCGCGGCGCCGAGUCGCCGCCCUCAGGCGGCCACGGCGUGCAGGUCCUCGCUGGACCUGGAGCGGGUCAGCCCGGCCAGGUGCGGCUCCGAUGCCUGAGAAACGUGCACGAAAGUGUUCUUCACGAGGAUGUCUGGGAACUGACCCUGCUCCCCAGGAUGCUCGAAGAGGGCCCUCUUCUGCAGACCGUUGCGCCUCGCUCUGCGCCGAAUGCCCGAGCGGCUCAUCUCGUCGUGCGAGGCGUGGCACAGCCUGCACAGCACGCCGUCCUUGCAGCCCCGCCUCGAGCGCGUGAACUUGCACGGGGUGCACUCGCCGAGGGCGUGCAGCCCCGCCCCGAGGCUCAGCGCCGUGCCGUCGUCGCCGCGCGGGCACUGGACGAUGGUGGAGAGGGCGAUCUUCUCGGGCAUCGCCGAGCGCCCGAUGAUCGUCCUCGUCGGCAGGCCCGCGGAGUCGUCGGUCAGGGUGGCGGAGGAGUCCCGGAGGCUGGAGACGACGGAGGCGCGCGAGCCGUGGUCGAGCUCGCCGCGGUCGUCCUCGUCGGCGAGGCCGCAUUCGCUGCCGAACUCACGCGGCGGCGGUGUCUUCAGCUCGUGCCCUCCGACAGUCGGCGUGCCCAGCGGCGGCAUCACGUGUGGCCAGCGGCACCAGGUCUUGGAUGCCGACUCGACACUUCCCUAGCACGCCCGCUCGGCCGAGCCCCAAAAACGCUUGAGCCAAAAUGGCUAGGGCGUUCUCUU